AGAAACGUCAAAUAUGCUCUUUGCGUCAAAUACACGUGUUGCAUUAUUUUAAAGCCGUGUUAUUUUUUGUAAUUUGUUCAAUUUAAUGACGCUGUGAAGACAACAUGGGAAGCUUAUUAAAGGAAGAGUAUGAGAAAACUGCCGAGUAUACAGCCUUCUACACAGGAGGAGAAAUAGAGUGGACUACCGAUGGCGCGCACCUACUUUGCCUGUGUGAUGAUGUUAUCAAAAUUAUCGAUGUCAAUACCCUGUCUGUGGUACUUGUAAUAGGAAAUGUCGAAGAAAAUGUUGAGAGUGAUCAAAUAUACACAUUCAAAAUGUCACAUAGUAAUGAUACAAUUAUCACAGCACAUAAGAGCGGUUUAAUGAAGUUAUGGGAUAAAUGUACUGGAAGUCAACUGAAAAUGUGGAGAUCUAGUCAUAAGGGUCCUGUUGCUCGAAUCGCAUUUGACUGUACGGAUGAAAAUGUUGCAUCAGGUGGUUCUGAUGGCAAUAUAAGACUCUGGAAUCUUGCCCAUAAUACUUGCACAAGCAGUUUAAGAGGAGCAAUGGGGGUGUUUUCUGUCCUGAAAUAUCAUCCGGACCAUUCAAAACAACUUAUUUUCGGAGCAGCUGAUGAUACCAAAAUAAGAUCUUGGGAUUGCAAAUCAGGUAAAGAACUUGUAACAUAUGCAGGUCAUUUUAGUAAAAUUACUUCCAUAAAUUUUACUAACGAUGGAGAAUAUAUGGUUAGUUCAGGAAGAGAUCGAGUAUUAAUCCUUUGGAAGCUCAGUGAAAGUAAAGCUGUCAAAGUUAUCCCAGUCUAUGAGAGCAUCGAGGCCUGUGUGAUUUUGCCUCUCUCAUUCAAAAUACCUAACUUCAAGAAAAAGUUGGAAACUGAAGGAAUUUAUGUGGCUUGCGUGGGAGAAAAGGGAAUAAUUAAAGUUUGGAAUAUGCAAAUGAGUCGUCUGAUGUAUGAGCAGUCCAACAGCCUUGUGUCCCCGGCCUCAGAGGAGGGUGGGCUAGCUGCUACCCAUCUCCUAUUUAAUGACGCCCGCAAUAUGCUUUCAGUUGUAACUGCUGAUCAUAACAUCAUUAUUCAUGAUUUAGAGUCAUUUGCUUGCAUGAAACAAAUGGUUGGAUUUACUGAUGAAGUCUUAGACAUCAUAUUUGUGGGAAAAUCUGAAACACACAUAGUAGUUGCUACAAACAGUAAGGAUUUGAAGUAUUAUGAGUUGGAAAGUAUGAACUGUGAAAUAAUAAAAGGUCAUACAGACAUAGUUUUGUCAUUGGCAUGUUUUCCAACCAGACCAGAAUUAUUCAUUUCUUCAGCCAAAGAUAAUAGUGUAAGAAUUUGGCUACAAAUGGAAAACAAAAGCAUACAAUGCAUUGGUGUUGGAGCAAGACAUACAGCUUCUGUUGGAUCUGUUUUUACUUCCCAGUCAUCUGCAGAAUUCUUUGCUUCUGUCAGUCAAGACAAUUGUUUAAAAGUUUGGUCAGUUCCUAAAGAAACUGAUAAUUUAAAUCAAAAAAUUAAAUCAACUCAUACAGAAAUAGCCCACCAAAUGGAUAUUAAUUGUGUCACAGUUUCACCCAAUGACAAAAUGAUAGCAACAGGUUCUCAAGAUAAAACAACAAAAUUAUGGACAGAAGAUUUGACAUUACUUGGAGUAUUAAAGGGACACAGGCGGGGAGUGUGGUGUGUUCGGUUUUCACCUGUUGAUCAGGUUAUUUUAACUUCCUCAGCAGAUUGCUCACUCAAACUGUGGUCUAUACAAGACUUAAGUUGUUUGAAAACUUUUGAAGGUCAUGAGAGCUCAGUUUUGAAGAUUGAAUUUCUCACCAGAGGUCAGCAAAUUCUGUCAUGUGGUGCAGAUGGUCUCUUAAAGCUUUGGAAUAUUAAAACAUCAGAAUGUAAAAUGUCUUUGGAUAAUCAUGAUGGAAAAGUAUGGUCUUUGGCUCUUAAUAAAAAUGAGUCCCUUGUGAUCACUGGAGGGUCUGAUUCCAAACUAGUCACUCUAAAAGAUGUAACAGCAGAACGUCGCGAAAAAACAGCUAAAGAGAGAGAACAACUAGUUAUACAAGAGCAAGAGCUUUUGAAUCUAUUGCAUGACAAAAAAAUGGUAAAGGCUUUGAAGCUCGCAUUGCGAAUGGAAAGACCUCUGAAUGUCUUAAAAAUUGUUAAUGAAGUACUGAAACAGGGGAAUGAUAAACUUUUUGAAACACUUAAGGAAAUUAAUAACACUCAAAAAGAAACUUUACUUAAGUUUGCUGCUGAAUGGAACACUAAUAAUAAAAAUUGUCAUGCAGCUCAACUUGUAUUCAAUAUAUUAGCACCAGAAAUAAUUGCUGGUAAUCUUAAAGUGCCUUCACUUGCGAGUUUUAUUGAAGGCUCAUUGCCAUAUACAGAACGCCACUUUGAGCGACUUACUAGUUUAUUACAAGAUUUGAAUUUCAUUUCUUAUACAGUGAACUGUAUGCAACCACAUUCAAUAAAAAAUAAUUAAAUACGUU